AGCGGUUCAUUUGAAUACUGUACGUUACAUAGAAUUGUCGACAAAUUUCCCCCAAAUACACGACGUAAGGGGGAAAAAGCGACAUUUCCCCUAAAUAACCGACAUUUUGCAGAAAAUCCGUUUGUUUGAAAAUGGUGGCUUUAUAGAAUUUCAAAUUAUGCCAAGGUGGAUUUUUGAAGCUCAGUUUUAAAUUCCGUGUGAUGAUCCGUAAUUUGCGUCUGAUCUUCAUCAGAUCAUUUAUGUGAUUCAUACAUGAAGGAAGAUAAGUUAUUUUGCAUCUGUGGACUAAUCGUCGGGAUCGUAUUGCUGUUUUAUGUAUUGUCGCCUUAUAGUCCGACAUGCUUACUAAGAAGCUGUAUCCAUAAUCAGAAUGACCGUACAGGUUUUCUGUAUGCUGUUCCAACUACAAAAACAACUAAGCAUUUGAUGACAUAUACGAGAGAUAAUUCAAGUAAUGUGUCUGUGCUCGUCUUCAUCCAUAUUCAGAAAACUGCCGGUACACUUCUAGAACGUCGUUUAGUUAAAGAUGGUUUAGUGGGCAAAACAUGUUACUGUUUUGUCAGAAGACGCUGUAAUUGUAAAACGCCAAGUGGUGAUACUUGGCUUGUCAGCAGAUAUUCUACAGGCUGGGUAUGUGGACUUCAUGCUGACUUAACUGAAUUAACGGAAUGUAUUGACAGCAAACUAAACAAAGUGGACCAUCAUAUUAUUAAAAGAAGGUACAUAUAUUUUACUUUGUUACGUGAUCCUGUCGAUCGUUUUAUUAGUGAAUGGCAACAUAUACGUCGCGGUGCUACAUGGCAUUCAGCUACUCUUCGAUGUAAUAAACAAUACCCACCACUUGAACACUAUAAACCAUGUUAUUUUAAUGAAGAAAUUGUCGAAAAUAUCCCGUCUAAUGUAUCCAUUAAAUCUGUUAUAGAUUGUCCUUACAAUUUAGCAAGUAAUCGUCAAACAAGAAUGUUAGCAAACCUUUCUAGUCUAGGAUGUUAUAAACAUUUAACGAAAUGGUCUCAACCUCUUAAUGUCGCAGUAUUAACCCAUAUUCCACGAGUUUCAUUAGCUCUUUUAAACAGUGCUAAACAUAAUCUUGUCAGUAUUAUCAGUUGUUAUGGUUUAAGUGAAUACUUAAUUUAUUCACAAUACAUAUUACAAAAAUGCUUACAUAUUACUUUUAAACGUUCAUUUAUUGAAUUUAAUAAAAUAUCUUUUAUGAAACAAAGAUUAUUGUUUACACAUGCUACAAUAAUCCGUUCCAAUUUAAAUCAGUCUACUUUGCGUGAAAUACAAGAUGUAAAUAGGCUAGAUAUUUUUCUGUACAAUUUCGCCAAACAAUUAUUUGUGUAUCGAUUAGUAAAUUAUUUAUUAUUUGAUUCGAAUAUACCGCUGCAUUUCAGACGACCUUUACACACUAUUUGGCACAAUAGACCUAGAUCUAAAUCAUAUAUAUAUCUAAGUUAUUUACUGUUUUCCAAUCCUAUCAUCAAUUAUCAUGAUGCUAAUAUCAGUAGUAAUGCAUUUUCAUAUCGUUUCAAUUUAUUUCUUACUAAUUUGUUCAUUCGUAAAGGUAGCAUUCCAGUAUCCGAGUCUAUUUUAACCAGUGAAAAUAAGAAAUGGAGUGAUCGACUUUCUUACGAUUUUAAAAUCUAGUUUGUAAAUUACUUAGAAUUUGCUCAUCGACCCCCUCCCUCUUCGCUCACUUUUUGUAUUUCUAUUUUUCCGACCAGUUUUGGAUUGUAAAAUGAUGUUUGUUUUACCAAAUAUUAUUUAAAGUAUUUUUUCACAAAUUAUUCUAAUGAGAAGAGUAAAGAAAAAGCAACAAACUAUGAAAAGCAUUUGUAGGGGUGGCAUUAGUAUACCUAAUUUCUAUGCGUUAUUAUUAACGGUUAUUUCAUAUGAUUUUCAUUUUUUCAUAAUCGCCGGUUUUCAUUUUAUUCAGCAUAUCUUCUUUUUUUUUCUCAAAUAAUUUUAAUCUAAUCAUGAGCUAAAUAUCCUUAUUUUGUACCCGAAAUGUAUUAUUUUAGUUAUUGUACGUUGUCGUUCAGUUGUUCAUAUCUCUAGAUAUGUACAUUUAUGAGUUAGGGAUUCAUUUAGAUACAGACGUUUGGACUUAUAUCUUCUUGCCGUAUUUUCUCGUUGGAUGUUGGGGAAAAGGAAGUAUCUGAACAUGUGGUUAGUGUUCUUAUAACAGAUUUUUUAGUCAAGCAGUUAAAGUGGACAGUUCACAGGAUCAAAUCACUAGUAGUCGGACUCACAAUUUGUUGUCACAGGGUUAUUUUAAGUAGCUUAAUGUAUCAACAGCAUCACUAAGUUGUGAGUGAGUUUUCUCGCAUUUCUAACAUCAGGACCAGUAGAUAUCAGAGGUCAUCACACAAAGAUUCCUAAGGCUGUGAUUAUUUUAAAUUCACUUCCAUCGGGGUGAGAAUUUUUUAAGUAUAUGAGUCAACUGUUCUAGCGAAGUGUGUCUACUGGGAUAAUAACUUUCUUGAUUUCGAUUUAUACUUGAAUUAAGUGAAAAGUCAGUCUCAUUCCCUCAAGGGCAUUCCUGGACUGUGACAAAAUAUCUGUCCUAUACUCACUUUCACUUUUAAUGACAUGCUUGGAAAUCCUCAGAAGUGGGAAAAUGGAAAACAAAUCCACUUGCGCCAUUACGAACGAAUCUGAGCAAUGUUUUGCGAACCUUCCAACUAUUGGUUACUAUAAUCUCAUGGGGCCCAACAAAGUGGUCUGCACCAACCUGUAUGACUCGAUCCAACAGUCAGUGACUCCAUGGAUUAAUACCAUGUCUUGGUUUGCCCGUAAACAGCUUUUUUCCUACUUACUCCAACACCGGCGGUCACCGCGAGUCUGAGUCGCCAUACGUAAUAUAUGUCCUAACAUUGUGUCGAUAAACACUUACUACCUCGUCAAUCGAUUUGUCAUCUUUAUCUAAUGCUCUACGUCUACGUAUAGUACUUCGAACUCCGUGGUCCCAAAAUACACGACAUUUUUGAUCGAGUUAUAGUAACCUGCGCAUAUCAUCUAUGUUAAAGGCCAUGUUUCAAAGUCGUAAAGUAGGACGGAAUAAACUGUUGCUCAGUAUACUCAUCCUCUAGUUGGCAGAUGGAUAUCUCGCAAGUUGACAAGAGCCAGUCAAACUUACUAAAUCCAUACCGAGAUUUCGUUGGAUAUCAACUCAUCAGGACUGAUGAAACUUCUCAAAUAAAUGAAGGCACCGACAAGCUCAACUACUUCACUUUUUAUUAUUAGUUCAUGCAUUGAUGUAGACUAAACUUAAGGUGACUUCUUGAAUUUGGAGAGAGAAACACCGAAAGCAUGCUGACAUUGCUGUUUAAAGCAAUCAGAAGACGUCUUCUUCAAAUAGGACUAUAUCAUCUGCUUCAACAAAUGAAUCUCCAAGUAGCUAAUUGUGGAUGUCUAUAAUAAUGAGUAUUUACUGUUGUAUUGUAUUUGAAUUCAACCAGUCAACUUUAAUUGUUCAAAAAUGCUUUCAUACAAACUACUCAACUUCUAUCUGGAUGAUAUUUCGUGAAAAAUCUUAAAAAAAUAAACUCCAAUUAAAAUAUAUAUUUAUUGGUGUGUACAGUUUCAAAUGGUACUAAUUCAACUCGAUUUUUUUUCAUAUAGUUUAUACAACAAAGAAAAAGUACCCAAAUAAUUAUUGAUAUCAAUAACCAUACAGUUAAAAUAAUUGCACCAAUAAUUAUGUUAUUUCCUUUACUAAUCAUCAUCAGAUUAAAAGUUGAAUUUCUCCCAUGACAACAAUCAUAUGUACCAUUAUUAGUUUUAAGAAGAAUUCCAAAUUUCAAAUCACAAGUAUUUGUAAUAUAAGUCAUUUAAACGUUUGCCCAAAUAAUAAAACUUGUAUACAAUAAUAAUAAUGAAUUAAACAAAUGUUAUGCAUUACAGUUAAAUUUAGCUAAACAACGUCAUAUUAUUAAAUUAAUUAAACGUGACCAAUUUACAAUUCACUUGUCAUUUAUGUUCAAAUGAUAAUCCAAUACAUUUUCAAUGGUAUCGUAUUCUACGUAAAAAAUAUAAUCAUACAAUAUUUCAUUUAAAUAAUAAAACAUUCUAUGAUCAUAAAUGGAUAUUGAAUAGAGAUUUACUUGAACCAGUUCUAACUAAUACAAUCAUAAAUGAUCCAUGUUGAAUACAUAGAACAAAUGAAUUAGUCUACAAAAAAUUUGAUCCAUAUCAUGAUUCUGGUACUUAUGUAUGUCAAUCAUUAAAUAAUAAUAAACAUCCUUUAAAUUUUAUAUGGUAUCAUAUAGAUUAUAUUAAUUCUUAUACAAAUACAUGGUCUAGAUUAAAUUUACCAUUUAUAGAACGAAUGAAUAAAUCUGUAACUACAAUAUAAUCAAUGAAUACAAUUACAAAAAUAUAUUGAAGAAGAACUUAAUCGGCCGGAAUAUUUUCAUGAUCAAACAUUCAGUUUAUUACGUAUUACAUCAAAAUCAUUUCAUAAUUUAACACACUACAAAUAUUGUGGUAAUAUCCAUGUCCAAUAAAAUCGUGUUUGUUAUGUACAGAUACCAAGAAAACUACCAAUCCAUAUUGAUAAUAGUAAUAAUAAUAUAGAAGAAAUAAAAUUAAUUUAUUUUAUAUUAUUCAAUGGUUUCUAUGAAUUUGGACAAUUUUAUGAUAGUAAUAAUAAUAAUAAUUUGUGCCCAUUCAUUAAGUGUUGUUGGGGUAGCAAGCGCAGUUGCUUUUUACACUUUGGGAUUCUGGAUUGUUUUCAAUGACUUGGGUGGUCAAGCUAUUAUUUUUUCUGCUAGAAACACAUCCAACCACAAGAUUGGGUGUAAAUUAUAUGAAAUUAGAAAAAUUAGCGGCAAGACUUUAAUUUAUGGACGACCUUUGAACGAAUUUUAAGUGAC